UCUGAGGACAGAGAGGGGUAAGAGGCUCAAGGCUCCUCCCUGAGAGUUUGUGAAAACAUUCCAGCAAAGUGAGAGCGGUCAAAGAAUCAGAAAAGUCUCUCUGAGCGGCCUCGUACUCUCUCUAUCCUUCCUCUACUCUUUUUGCACAUGAGCUCACACUGCACACAAGAGUUUGAGGUUUAAAGGUGAAGCUGAUGUGAGGACAGAUCUGCAGGAGAGCACAUACAAACCUGAAGGAGCCUCUGAAACUGGGACGGACAAAAAGAAGACUCAGCUGUCCCAUUGAUCGGCUCACAAUGAAGCCGGUGUUAGUCCUCCUUGUUUCCACUGCCUGGACUUUGACUGGAGCCCAGUAUUACUACCAGGGGCUGAUGGAUUAUCUGGAGAACAGGCUGUUGGCUAUCGAGGACCGUAUGCAGUUCUGGCACGACCAAUCCCAUCGCUACCACACGGAGCUGAAGGACUUCAAAAAGCUAACGGCUGAGGCCAUGGAUGCACUGAGCAAAGAGCACAGCCUGCUGUUCAAAGACCUGGAAGGAGCUUCGGUCCGGGUGGAUCGGGUGGAGCGGGAGAUGGACUUUGUGGAGACCCAGACUUCGCCCCGGGCCUGCGCCAAGAAGGCAGACAAGGUGGUGGAGCAAGGAGCCUGGGGACUGGAGGAGAGCAGAGGGGAGGAAGAGGAGGAGGAAGAAGAGUGGGAGGAGGUGCAGUCCAGACUCUCUGACUGUGUGGAAAUCCUCUCUGGCAUCAGAUCAGUGAAGAUCCUGAAGAGAGUGGGCAGCCCUAAGGGCAUGUGGACCAGAGACCCCAGAUCAUCAAAGGUCUACGUCUUUAAUGGGACGUCAGGGGACAGCGUCUACCAGUUCAACUCUGUUCGGGACUUUUCCAGCUCUCCGGGCGUCUCCAGCAGCAGACAGAUCCGACUGCCCUCUGACUUCAGUGGUCCUGGCAGCGCCAUUUACAACGGCUUUUUGUACUACAUACAGCAGGAAGCUGAAACAGACAUGCAGGUGGUCAGAUAUGACCUGACGAGCGACUUUGUGACGGACAUCGCCAUGUUCCCCGUGGAGAGCAGAGCUGCAGUUUACGGUCUCAACCCAGAAACUGUUGCAGAUCUCGCGGCAGACGACGAAGGCCUCUGGCUCCUGUAUGCCGCCAGCGACAGUGAACCGAACAUCCACCUCGCGAAGAUGGACCCUGCCACGCUCGAUAUAGAACAAAUCUGGGACACCCGCUGCCCACGGGAGAAAGCAGAGGCGGCUUUCGUAAUCUGUGGCACCGUCUAUGUGGUUUACAACACCCGCCUGGCCAGCCGGUCUCGGGUGCAGUGCCUGUUUGACGUCAACGACAUGGUGCUCAGCGAGGAGGCUCCGCUGCUCUACUUCCCCAGGAGGUACGGAGCCCACGCCAGCCUGAAAUACAACCCUGAAGAGAAACAGCUUUACGCCUGGGACGAUGGAUACCAAAUCAUCUACAGACUCACCAUGAAGAGGAAGCUGCUGGUUUGACAGCAGGAGAGGAGUGGUGUCAUAUUUUCAAAGGCAAUGAGAAAAAUUAUGGUAAAAUAGUUCAAGUAGAAGUCUGCAGCAAUUCCCAGGAGAUAUUUAACAUAGACUGUGUAUAAGAAUUGGAUGUGGCGUCUUAUUUUUUAAAGGUGAAGCCAAUAAAGUUAAAACCUUUUUUUUUU